GGAGUGAGGGAUGGACGCUGGUCUGAUGAUGUAAGUUUAGGGCAGAGAGUGAAAGUGAGGCUCCGGCUGAGGUGUUGCUGUCGUGUGGUGUGACCCGCAGCCACACCGGUCGGGGCCUCGGCAUUUUGGUGUCAAGUUGGGGGCAGGUGUCACCGGUUGUGCUAGGUGUGCAAAGUCACCACCACAUGCCCAAUAUAGACGGCCCCUAACCCUCUUCGCCCUGCACGGCCGCAGCUCGAGGCCGACUGGCCCCGUUAACGCCUUUCCCGCAUUGGUAAGCGUUGGGAGAAGCCAAGGCUGAGCUGGUUGGCGGCGCAGCCCCGAACCGCGGACAGUUCGGUGUAGCUCAUGCACGGCCCGGAUCCCCUGUCUCAUCCACCGCCGCUCUACAGUCCGUGAGGCGUUCACCGCUCUCCGUCCAAGGGGCAGUCAUGAAGCGGUACCUGCCGGUGGCCCGGCAGCACUUCCUGGCGGCGGCGGCCAGCACCAGCGUGGUGGUGAAGGCCCUGUGCGGUACGGUGCUGGCUCUCUACUGCUUCUCCUUCCUGAUGGACACGGUACACGGCCUGGGAGUGACUCCUGGCUACCUCUUUCCCCCCAACUUCUGGCUUUGGACCUUGCUGACUCACGCCGUGGUGGAAAGCCACAUCUGGGACGUAUGUAUUGGCUUGGGGGCCGUGGUGGCAGCCGGUAGGCUCCUGGAACCUCUCUGGGGAGCACUAGAACUCCUGGUCUUCUUCGCCGUUGUCAACGUGUCGGUGGGAAUUCUUGGAGGACUUUCUUAUCUCCUGACCUACGUGGCGACUUUCAAUCUGGAUUACUUAUUUACCGUGCGCAUUCACGGUAUGUCAGGUUUUCUUGGCGGAGUGUUGGUGGCCUUAAAACAGACCAUGGGAGACACGGUGGUGCUCAAGGUGCCACAAGUGCGGAUGAAAGAUGUUCCAAUGAUGGGUUUGAUACUUGUUGCGAUUUUGCGUUUGACGACAUUGCUAAGUAGCUCUUUGCUGGCAUCCUAUGGGUAUGGUGUACUGUCGAGCUGGAUUUACCUGCGCUUCUAUCAAAAACAUAGCCGAGGCCGAGGGGACAUGUCUGACCACUUCGCGUUCGCCACCUUCUUUCCCGAAAUCUUGCAACCGCUCGUCUCGGUGGUGGCCAAUGUGAUUUACAGCGUGUUGGUGAAGAUCAGAAUAUGCAAGAAGACGGUCAAGCGAUACGAUGUUGGAGCACCGUCAUCCAUUACAAUAAGUCUGCCUGGCACCGACGCGCAGGAUGCAGAACGGAGAAGACAGUUGGCAUUGAAAGCUCUUAAUGAGAGGCUGAAACGUGUUGAAGACCAAGCAGCAUGGCCUAGUAUGGAUGAAGAUGACAAAGAUGAUUUAUCUGAAAUGCCUUUAUUUCCAGAAACCAGCAGGAGUGAUGGAGAUGAUUCUGGAGCAGCAGAACAAAGUGUGUUCCUAGGUCUUUCAUCAGGAUCUUAAAGACCGUUAAUGACUUGUCCAGUUGGGUGGAAGUGAAAGAGGGUUUAAUGCUGCACAGAUAAGCAUCAAUAUUUUAAACUAUUGAACUCCAGCACUUACAAUCUGUAUGGAAAAUAGAUUUGUCAGUAAAAGACGAUAAAUGCCCAUGCAGCUGUGAUGUUCAUAGCCGCACUUCAGGAUUUGAUGUUUUCUAACUGGUGGCUGGAACAACUAGAGGUGGCAUUUGAACUGGUGUUGAAUUAGAUACAAUCUUUGCUGUUAGUUCUUAAAAUAUAUUAAUUUACAGUUUUAUUUUGAAGUGUCCUUUUCUAAUUAGAAGGAACAGAUACUAAUGGCAUAAUUGCAAUGGUGGAUAGGAGAGAAGGGCAGGGGUAAAAGGAGCUAUGUUAUCAUUCAGAUCAAAAGGAAUGGAGCAAAUCCACAGCUUUGGUCCCAGAUUGUCUUCGUGCCAAAAAAAAGUGUAUUCCCCUAGUUUGGAACAGCUUGCUACCUGUGGGGAAAAAUACAGGUAUCUUGUGGCACUAGUUUUCCAACUCUGGAGUUCUGUUAUUGGAUUAGAUUCACCUUUUGCAGUUUUAUUUUCACACUUUUCCUGCUUUAUUGUUCUGCACGACUAGUAACAUUCCAGCAUACAUUUAGCUGUAAUAGCAAACAUGUAGUUUGGUCAUGUAAGGUAGUUCGUUUCCCCUUAGAACCCCUUAUUUGCUUAUUGAGUUUCCUUUUCUGCCAUCAUUUUCUCUUCUGUUAACUUUAACAAUAUGUUCCUCAGUAAAAAUUGCUUUAAAUGGAUUUUCCCUGGGGAGCAAAAUUGUGCAUCCCCCUUAGCACCUCACCAUUUGAUAUGUUUGAAGAUCGCCUAAUAAAAGGGCUAGCUAAUUGUUGGUGUUGGUUCCGAAAUUUCUGCAUUAAAUUCUAAAAGCAAUUGUUAUGUAUACCUGGAGCUAGAUUGAUUUGGUGUAUAGUAUUCUGAAUCCUCUAAUUGUGAAAGGGGUAAUGACAUUUCUGGAAACUCAUACAAACUUCUUGACAAAGGUUUUUUAACAAGAUAAAGUUCCUUAUUUUUGUCACUUGUAUAUAAAAAAAACUUGCAUCUCGUAUUGAAAUGGGUCAGCAUAUUAUGGCCAAUCCACAGGUUCAUCCAAGGGAGGUUUGAGUAGCAAACAACUGCACAAAUUUCCAUAAAGUUCCUGUGAUGACAAAGAUGCUGAGAUCUCUAUGAAGUGGGUUAUGGUCAAUGCAAAAAAACAUAGUGGUUUUGCAGAACCCCAUUUGAGUGUUGACAAAGCCACCUUGUCCAGACCAGUCCUUUCUAUAGCAUAAAUGUACACUUACAUUUCUGCAUCCCGCUGCUGUACCAGCAGCAUCCUAAUUUUAUCUACAUUUGAUAAUCAUUGUGGCAAAUCAGUUGGAAGUAGCUAUCAUUUUUAAUACAUUUAAAUGUGCAAGAUACUUUAAUGUAAGAUUCUUAAAGAACCAGUAUUAGUUUCAUCUAAGUGAUUUAAUGUUUUAUUUCCAUUUUCUGCAGGCGAAUUGACAUUACCUUAAUGUUGUGCUUUUUAAUCAGAGUAGCAUUUAUGAAAAAAACUGCUCUUGCCUACUGGAUUUCACUUAAAUUGAAGGUUUCUUUUUAUUCAAGUGUAUCAUCAUGCAGGUCAGUCCAAUAAACUUUGCAGUCUUGUGUUCACUUUUCAUACCCCCCAAAGUGCUCAAGUAUUUAGUUUCUUUUUGUUCUAAAGUCAUGGGGUAUGGUACAGUGGAGAGUUCUUUUGGACUAAUAAUCCAGAGGAUACAAGUUCAAUUCCAGUUUGUUUCAAUUUAGUUAUUGCUUUAUCUGGAGGGAAAAGUUCUUAUUGGUAAAAUGUCAGUAAAUACUUUUGACACUAAAAUCUUGGAUAUUGUUGAUGUUGUUAAAUAUCAGCUAGUUCAUUAAUGCCCUUUAAUGAAGGUGGGAUGGUGUCCCUGUCUUUUAUAACCUAGAUGUGACUCCAGUUUCACACCCUUAACUGAUGCUUUAAAUUCCCUAACUAGUGUAACAAGCCAUAAUUUGCUUUUCUUGGGUGUCUGAUGUUAGAAAAUUGAGCUUUACAAAAAUACAACUAAAAUUAUCAAACAUCUUAUUUUAAUUACGAAGUUAACCAGAAAAAAAUUACGAAGAGUUACAUAGUUGAGUGACUAUGUCUGAUAACAGAGACAAAAAUAAGAUAAAUACAAGCACAUUAUUUGUAGAUCAGCCUCGGUUGUAACACCAAAAAAAAUCACAAAAUAAUAAACAUUCCACAGUGUCACAAAUUUGUGUGAAAUUAAUUAGUGCACAAUUCUAUAUUCUAGUUUGUCAGCCAAAUUAGUCUGUUUUACAAUAGCUUCUUACGGAAUACAAGCUAUGAUCCUAAACUUGGGCUCCACUGUAUAGCCAGUCUCAGUUGUGACCAGUGUCAGGCUAUUGCUAAAUGAAUAAAAUAAAAGGCUAAAUGAAAAUCACACAAAUUGCUUAUGCAGGAAACACUCAAGGCAGGCAGCAUCUGUGGAAAUUACAGCAACUCCUACUGCCUGCUGUGCUAAAUAUUUGUAGCAGUUUUCUUUUUUUCUUUAAUUUGUUUAUUGAUCUUGCUUGCUGCAAUGCCUCUAAGUUUCCUAUCAAGUGGAGCAAAUCUAUAGGACUAAUUGGAAAAUGCUCAAUGUACAGUGUUGUUAGAUCCUGAUGCAUUUGUGAUCCAAAGGUUCUUUGGAAGUCGAGAAUAAGGUAUAAAACUUGUUGCUUACAACCAUUUUAUUAAGUGUUAUGAGAGUGAAGAAGCAGCAUCAAGACUACUUAAAAAGUUGUCUUGUACUCUAACUAGAGAUCACAGAAUUCCAUUGAUAAGUAACAAUUAACCUAUAAAAUAGCCAGAUUUAAAUAGCAUGAUACAUGCUACUGGAAGACUAAAGCUUUCAGAAAAAUAUAGAAGAAACUGUGCCAGUGUUAAUUACUCUAAAAUUCACUGAACAAUUACAUAUAUAUAGGUGGUUAUAUAAAAAGUUAAAAUUGGUUGUGAUGCAUCUAGUACGGUAGGCUAGUGCUGUCACCCUCACUUUCAGCUUCUACCACUGGCUAGCAGUCUUGUGAAAAAGAAAGCUGAAUGUAAGUCUCUCCCUGCCAGUACAUAGCCUCCGCAACAGCAAGCUUCACAUAGUGCCUCCUCGCUGGCAACACACGGAAACUGAACUCUUUUCAGACUCAGGCUGAACUACAGAGGACGGGGAGGAGACCUGGCUCCUGCUCACAUCAUACACAGGUCCACUGGUGUGUGGACACGUCCUGAUGCUUGUGAACCAGAUCCCCAACUAUGGGUAAAUAGCUCCACUGCCUUGUGGGCAGCUGCAGAAGAGACAAAGGCUACGGGAGUAAACCCAGAUAGUAAAUCCAGAGUGGAGACCCUAAGGAGACUGCACGUCAUUGAACAUCCUUCUGGCAGCUCCAGCAGCCAAGCUGAUGCCAAGCGUAUUGCUUCAUAAGCUUUCCUUUAGACUACACUGGUAAGGCCGAGAGGAGUAUCUUGAUGUUUGGGCAUCUCAAGAACGCCAUACCUUCUACAAAUCUUCUCCUUCUUUUCUACCCCCAUCCCCCAUUGCAUAACACUGCAUGGUAAAGAUUCACCAUGAUAUAUGGACCACUUCUCAGCAAAGACUAAUGUGUAUGGCCAAAUUCAUCAGUGUCUUCAGUGUGCUAGCACUGCCUUUUUCUCCACUGAGAAGGAUGUUGAAGAUCAAACUCGGCACAAAAUCUUUCACCUACAGACAUGGAUUUCUCGUAGGUGCCUUGUAGUACUGAAAAGUUAUCACCACUGUAUCUGCUCCAAAUGCAGUGGAAGGAUAGGUAAAUCAAUACUGCAGUACUGAGGCCCCAGUUACAACUUAUCAUUUUCAGUUUGACAGCCCACACUGUUAGCAUUUCUGAUGUAAGAAUGCUAAAACAGAUGCUUUACUCUGACCUCUGUCAUGAGAAGCGAUUCAAGGAUAUGCUCAAACUUCCUUAGGAGAAAAACUGCCUCUCAAAUUACCCACUUAAUCAUCCUAUUAGGAUCCAUUAACCUUGUCUUUGCAAUGUACUUUCCACAUUGACCUCAGUUACCUUAAGCUCCACAGUAACUGCCUAGAAAUAAUAGGGCCACAUUAACUUCAUGUAGAAAAUUACCUUCAAUCAACUUUUUAUAUAAAUCAGGUCCGGUGAUUUGAUUCAGAUUUAUUCCUAUUGGUGAUGUCCAGUACAGCAUCCAGCAAUGGAGGUGGAAGUUUGUCAGGAGAAGAGUAGAUAGAAUAAGGGAACAUCAAAUUUGCUUUAUAAUUUCUAACAUGCUAAUGAAGUCAUUGUCACAGAAAUAGAACAUUUGAGAAAUUUUGUAGGGGGUCAUAGGUUCAAUGUAUAUCCCAUUCUUUUUGAUUUCAUGUGUUUCAGGCUUUUUCUUCAAAAAUUGAGAGAACAGAAACAAAUAUACCAACAGUCAAGCCUGGUAGAGCAAAAGCUACAGUAUUAUUAUA